ACCCUCUGUCUCCCCUCGCCCUUCCUCACCCGCGCUCGCCAUGACCACCACGGCGGCUGUUCCGUUGGAGUCGGCCGCGCUAACGGUCGGGGCCGCACCGCCUCCCGCGCUCACGAUCGGGGCGGCGGCGGAUGAUGAGGCGUCCAUGAAGGCGGCCGCCGGAGGAGAUGGCGGGGCGGAGCGGCGGUCCCGGUUCCGGCGGAUCUGCGUCUACUGCGGCAGCGCCAAGGGCAAGAAGGCCAGCUACCAGGACGCCGCCAUCGACCUAGGCAACCAGCUGGUGGAGAGGGGCAUAGACCUGGUCUACGGAGGUGGCUCCAUCGGUCUCAUGGGCUUGGUCUCCCAUGCAGUUCAUGCUGGAGGCCGCCAUGUCAUUGGGAUCAUUCCAAAAUCACUGAUGCCCAGAGAGGUAACUGGAGAGCCUGUCGGGGAGGUUAGAGCUGUUUCUGGCAUGCAUGAGAGGAAAGCCGAGAUGGCUCGGUUUGCUGAUGCUUUUAUUGCUUUACCCGGUGGCUAUGGAACCCUGGAGGAAUUGCUUGAGGUCAUUACUUGGGCACAACUAGGAAUCCAUAAGAAGCCGGUUGGACUUUUGAACGUCGACGGAUUCUAUGAUCCCCUUCUAUCAUUCAUCGACUUGGCUGUUAACGAAGGCUUCAUCACGGAGGAGGCAAGGCGCAUCAUCAUUUCAGCUCCGACAGCCAAGGAGCUAGUUAAGAAAUUGGAGGUUAGGCGACCCCAAUUCUGUACUUAUCCCUAGUGUUCCUACAGUUCUGAAGUUUCAGGACUACGUCCCCGAGUAUGACAUUGGCUUGGUUUGGGAGGACCAGAUGCGCGCAUCUUAGUGUCAUACUAAACAAUCGGCGACUUGUCACCGAAGCAGGAAAUAUUUUGUUCUUUUGCUAACCAAGGGGCAAUAGAUUGGAAGGAAUCAAGGGGAUUAUACCAGUAUGUUGAUGAUCUCAUGUGCUGUCACUAUUAAUGGUCGUUUUGGUUGCACAACAUGAUUAGCAGUCCAGUCAGUGCUGUAGAUCUUUCAUAGUAGCAUGAUUACGAGUCCAGUGCUGUAGAGAUCUUGUCUUGAUCCUGGAAGAAAUAUAGUACAUAUUAUUAUCCAAGAUGAGUAGUGCGUGUCCAUGCCUUCUGCUCGUACUGAAUUUUGCAUUGCCUAUGUUAUGCUGCGUGCGUGUCCAAUCUGAUUGUGCAGAACGGUUUCUAACGAGAGCUCCAGCUUGUGAUUGCA